UUUCCUCACCUUUCACCGACACCGCUGCCUACAUAUUCAGGCCAUGCACAUGACACCAUAUGCCAUAUGCGAUCUCAUGCCGCCGCAAACCUGAGGUGCAAUACGCACGUUGCUUGUACGCCGCAUCUGAUCAAGGUCGACUCGAGUUUAGGGCCCUUCGAGGUUCCUGAGAUCCUCGAGGACCUUACCUCAUAUGUGUUGCUGCACGUUAAGUCUGAGGGGCUCUUUCGGAUUGGUGGUAGCAAUGAACGAGUGCGUGUCCUUCAGGAACGACUUCUUAAAGGUGAGAAGGUUCCUUCAGAUCAACCCGUCCAGGAUGCAUGCUCCGUAUUGAAACGAUGGCUACGCAAGCAGAGUCUUCUCGGCAAGUGCUGUCGGCCGGAACUUCCCCCUGAGACAAUGGACGACCUCAAGACAACACUUACCAACAUGUCACCUCAAAACGUUUGCAUCCUUCGGCAUGUUUGUAAAUUUCUGCAAAUUGUAGCGCGGAACUCGGCUAGCAAUUUGAUGGACAUUGAUAAUCUCGCCGGCAUUUUGGGGGAGAGCGUAUUCGUAGCCGAAGUAAAGGUACGUGAGGUGGUAACCGCUGAGGUCCUUAAGAGUCACAGCGAAGUGGCUAAGCAAUCGAUGAAACUACUUAUCGAGAACGUGGAUAUGCUUGAUACGUUUGUCGACAGUAAUUUCCGAACGCCGGAACGAACUCGCGAACGAGAUUCAAAAAAAAGCUUUUCGACAAAGAUGAAAUCCUACGGAUCGGCACUAAAAAACCUCACAAUCAAGAGGACCCGAUCUUUAUCUCUAGACACAAAGGCUGAGUUCAUGCCACCUCAGCUGUUCGAGUGCGAAGAACGUAUUCGGCUCCGUGAGCGCAGGGGGACGAUAACACAGGAUGCCAACGAGUUACUUGAGAGACGGCACAAGGCCAUUGUCAAAAGGAAGGAACGAGGGGGUCAUGGACGGCAGGCUGCACAGGUCUACUAUAAAGCAGCUACUGUCGGUCACGUAGGGAUUCCCUGUAUCGGUAAGGAGAACACUACACCUGUACAUCGGCAGCCAAUCAGAGAUUUCAGCCUUGACGAACCUCAGCAGCUAGAAUGGAAGUCUCUACCUCGCGAUGGAGUUCAAGGAUCGAACGCUAGUCUUGCCUAUCACCGCCGACUACCAAAUAAUCAUAGCUAGAAAUUUUAGCGUUAGGAAGAAGGUUAAAUGUAUCUAGCAGGAGGUAACAAUGGAAUAAUCCACCUAAUUUGUUUUUGAUGACGCGAUAAAAGCCGUCGGCUAGAAAAAAGGAAACGGCCUCAAGUACGUGAUGGGCAUUUAUAUGCUGGUGUUUGUAUGUACGUGCAAGUUUACGAGUAUACGAAUUGUAUAGAUGCAGACAGGUGCAUACAGCCUUCAUAAAUUGGAAGCUUACAGAAAUCUUUAAAAUUCAAAAAUAUCAUCAACUAAAACACCAAAGUGCACGCGAGACCUUACGAGCCGUGAUUUAGGCUUUCCGAACAGACUCGUGCUGUCAACCAUGUCCUAUUUUGCUUUUACAUACCACAGUAAAAUUAUGCCGAUGAUUAAAUCACCAUUUAUACGUGCGACAAAAAGCUUGCGGCAGGUCUCCUCGGUGUGUGUAUGUCGCAUUCACCCUAAACAAAAAUAAAUCUAAACGAACCGAGCGCUUCUCGGAAUAAUAUCAAUCCAUGUUCUAUUGGCAAAAAGGUUAGUAGCAAACAAGAGCUUUUCCGAAUAAUUAUUUCCUAUACUAUGAAUUCAUUUAAAAAAUAAUCAUAUUUUCGGAAUGCGUAAGAGUUCGUUCAUUGUCUUUUUAUUCAUAUCGUGUUUUGAUCGGAUAACUACUGCUAAUAGAAUCUCACAUCAAUUUGGUUUCUUUAAGAAUAACCUAAUAAAAAUUAAACGUUUGAAUUGACAUUUUUCUCAAGAACACAAGGCCACCUUUCCAUUUGAGGGAGCUUAUGUGGCUAAUGUAAUAACAUUUCUUGUUUUUCUUUUUCAUUUCUGCCUAUCGGCUGCUCUGCAAGAAUAUACAAUUCUAAGAUUAUGAUGUGUUCGAGUUUAUCUUUAAAAAAAUUAGGAACAGAAGACCCGCCCGUACUUUAGCCCGUACUGCUAAGUUUCCUAAAAAAAUCUAUGAUGCAUGAAUCAUAGUCAAGAAAGGUGAAACCAGCCAAAUUGGUCAAAUACUCUGACCCUUUUCACAUUUGGUUUACUGACUCGCUGCGAAUGCGUGUAUAUCUAAAAAAAAAAAAAAAGAGAAAAUAUUUUUUGCCUUUUGUGUUUUUUUUUUCAAAAUAGAAUUGAUUCUCUCCCUAGAUGGCAGCCAAGUGACGUUCGUCUCGCUAAAUUUUCAGAAUGUAGGCAUGGAAAUCGAAAGCGCCCAGUCGACUCAUAUUGGUAACAUCCAAUUGCUAAGUGAUUGCGGCUACUUCACAGUGAACGCUGUAAGUCUUCUUUGAUGGCCAAUGUAGCAACUUCUGAUUGUCUGUCGUUAUGAAAUAUAUAUUGUGAUUGUAAAUAUGUAUUGAAUUGUA